AUGACGAGCGUAACGACGUUUUUUACCAACAUUUCAAACAUUAAUGAUCAUGAAAAGCGAUUUUUUUGCGACGUGGAUGAGGAAAGUUUGCCGAACUUGUCAAAAACAUGUCACCCUCUGAAGCCUUGCGAUAUCAACAUCGGGCAGACCUAUUUGCUCCAAACUCCGAAAAAAAGCCUAAAAACGUCUUCCUUUUCUAAUCAAAAGAGGAUUACCCCACGAAAGCCUUUGAAACCAACGAAAAGUGCAAACAAGACUGAUCCAUCGUUCAACGGAGUUACAUUGCAAAUGAAAACCAACAUCAAACGUAGCAGAAACGAUAUGGAGACACAGCUGGUGAUACACUCUUAUUUUACCACGAAAAAGAAGCGUUCUCCACCCUUUAAAGUUGAAAAACCACGCCGUUCAGCCAAAGGGAAGUCAAGACUUCUACCCACAUCCCUUGAGAUGCGUUUCAAACAACAGACAUCAUCUGCUCAAAGCAAGUCGAAUACGCUCAAAGAGAAUCAUUUUGGUGAUCUUGGUUGCAAACCAUUACGUAUGGUGGAUUUAAAAAAAGAAUGUGCUUCUUGUGGUACUGAAAAAACCCCUCUCUGGCGUGACGCUGAUGAUGGUACACCUCUCUGCAAUGCCUGUGGUAUUCGCUAUAAAAAAUACAACAUUCGAUGUCUACGAUGUUGGUACAUACCCAGAAAAGAGGAAAAUAGAUCCACUCUAUGCCCAGGCUGUGGUUGUCUUCUUGAUAAGAUGGCCCUAAUUUUAAAACGUUAA